ACCAGUAAAACUUAAAAACGCUUCCUAUUUAACUAACGAAGAAGAAGCAGAAACGAAAGUAAGAGCAGCUAAAGGUGACAAGAAUGGCAAGCAGACGCGCUCUAAAAGCCGUCCUCAUUGACCUAAGUGGAACUCUGCACAUAGAAGACACGGCAGUUCCCGGGGCUCAGGACGCCCUGUCCAGGCUACGACAGACGUCUGUCGCCAUCAAGUUUGUGACCAACACAACCAAAGAGAAUAAGAAGAACCUGCUGGAAAGGCUUCAACGGCUCAACUUUGACCUCCAGGAAAAAGAAAUCUUCACAUCACUGAGUGCCGCGAGGAGUCUUUUAGAGAAGACAAAACACAGACCGUUGCUCCUGGUGGAGGACAGUGCCCUUCUCGAUUUUGCAGGUAUCGACACAUCCGACCCCAAUGCUGUCGUCAUUGGACUCGCUCCCGAUCACUUCGACUACCAAACUAUGAAUAAGGCUUUCAGACUGAUCCUGGAUGGUGCGCCGCUCUUCGCCAUCCAUAAGGCUCGUUACUAUAAAAGGAAAGAUGGUUUGGCUCUCGGCCCCGGGCCCUUUGUCACCGGGCUGGAGUAUGCCACGGACUGUAAAGCAACUGUCGUGGGAAAGCCGGAAAAGACGUUUUUCACACAGGCUCUGGCUGAUUUGGGAUGCAGCCCAGAUGAAGCAGUCAUGAUAGGAGACGAUGCCAGGGAUGACGUCGGAGGAGCUCAGAGUGCUGGAAUGUUGGGAAUCCUGGUCCGAACCGGUAAAUACAGACAAGGAGACGAGAAUAAAAUCAACCCGCCUCCUCACCUGACGUGCGACGCUUUCCCUGAUGCUGUCGAGCACAUCCUUAAGAAUCUACUAUAACGUCACCUGAUUAAGGGGCAGCAGCAUUCCCUUUGACGUCUCCGCCAAGAUUUGGAGGCAGGAUUUUGGAGAGAGGCUUCACAACGGAACAAGCGGCCCUAGUGAAGAAAUGAGGUGAAAGGCUGUAUAUAAAUAAUGUCAAUAAGAUUUAACUUGCACACUCACCUUUUUUUCCCACUACUUUUUAAAUUCCUGCUAUCACCUUGAAUGAGAACUGAAAAGACAAAUGAAGACUUUUAAGCACGAUGGUGUUUUGUUAUUCUGCCUCUUAAAUUGAGUCACCUGGUUCUACAACUUUCUUGAUAAGUUUGGGAUACUUCUGGUACUUCACAUAGUGAUAGCUCUCGUACUCCAUCAACAUCAUCUCUAAGUCCACAUUUUCGCAAACUUCAAACUUCUUCACACUUCCGUUCAUCUCCUGGUCCAAGGCCACUGCUGCGUUCACAUAACUGUUGGAUAGACGCACAAUAUUUUUACCUGUGAGAAAUGUUUAGAGAAUAUACGGAAGUCGGUACUGACCCGUGCCUCAUCAGAUGUUGGUAGAUUAACAUGAGGAGGCUCUUCUUCCUCAUUUCAAUCCUCAACUCAUCCUAGAAAUAAGCAUGUAAGAAAGGCGGUAGAAAAAAUAUAUAACUUCAAUUGGUGUUAGGGACAAAAGAAAUAUUUUUUUUCUCACACAAAUUUGAUGAGUGUUUAUUAAUAGCUCACUCAAACAUCACACAUUGUUCUCCAUCCUGCACUAGCAUUUAUAGCCAACAGAGGGAGACAAACUGGCAUAAAUUUCGCUAACUGUAACCAGGCAACAGUGCACGCCAAGAAAACAUAAAAUACAGAUCUACUAAAUACCUCACCCAACAAAUAGAACAUCUAGAAAUUAUUGCAUGCAUAACUUGGUGGGGGUGGGGGGGGGGGGAGCAUUAACUGGAUCCUAUUAAGUGUUUUAAAUUUGUGUGUUUCUAUUUUGAUGACAUUUGUUCAAUGUGUUUGCAGUGUUAGCAUAUAAAAACACUUGGCCUGUACAAAAAAGUACGGAAAUGCACGAUGAACAGGACUUACCGCCUCCCGGGCUUGGUUUGCAUGUUUUACAGAAUUGUAAGAAGCGUCCAUCUGUAAUAAAUCGUAAUUAUCGGGCGUUUUUUCGAUAAGCGUUCGAGGUGGAAAUGGUCGGAAUAGUUACGGCGGUAGUUUGUCCCUCGGGAAAUGCCGUAUUUCUUUUUCCUCAUUUGUUGUAAUUAUGCCACAUUUAUUAGCGUGUAAACGAUGAAUGGACUUAUUUGAAAUCGUCAUUAACGUUUUAAUGCACGUUCUUUAUUGCUCCAAAGCAAGUGGCAUUAAUUGCAUUUUGCGUCAAUUUAUGUCAAUCUUAGAUUACAUAAUGUCGGGAAUGUAACUUGUUGCGCGCUUUGAUUAUCGCUGAAGUGUUUGUUUUUUUAAUUCAAAGCGUAAAGUCGUAAUAAGAGUCAAGGGUAAUAUAGUUCAAAAACGUUUAUUCUCAAUUUGUGCAACAUUUAAGUAUUUUUUUCAUUCCUUUAACACUUAUAUGAACCAUAUACUGAACAGUGUGAAACUUUAUAGCUUUGUAAUUGAGAAUUUAUCCCAUUAAAAAUGUCAUUUAGAGGUUGUGGUAGAAAAGUAA